UUCAGUUCGCGUCGAGACUUGGUCGUGUGCGGAUCUUUUCCCCGUUUUUUGGCUCCCCAGUUCCGUUUUGGCGCUCAGAGUUGUUCUUGUCUGGUUCUAGGGGUUCUAGAAAAUCAUCCUUCAUCAAGGUGUGCGAUUGGCGAAAGCAAACAUUCCUUCCAAAGGUAGAGAACCUUGCCCUUCUCGGAACAUCUGUGCCGUGGAAGUGUGGUGUGUGGGAGUGUGUGACUGGAAGCUGCUAAGGAAUCCCCCAAAACGGAUCAACCCUUUACUUCGCGAAACGUGAGUGUGGGUGUUGUGUUUCGUAAAAGGCAGUAUUAAAGAUUUUUCUUACCUUGCUGGGAAGUGUUACUCUGGUGAUUGAAGAAGAAGCAAGUUAAAGGAAGGAAAUUGCAGAUUAUUUAUUCACGGUGAAUGAAUUAUCCAGCAAGUACCACGUUGUGCCAGCUUUAUUGACACGUGCUCUUCGGCAAUUGAAUCAGAAUCUGCGGUGGAAGCGCUGUGCUGUUUUGACGAUCUGGUCUGAAUUCGUGGAGAGAAUCACAAUCGUUUAAAAUUCAGACGCAGUCCUGUACCCGAAUUGCGCCAUCUGGUGUGUGUUUUUGUUUUCACUUUCCGUGAGUUGGCGGUCGCAGCGUGACUGGAUUUUUUUUGUAUUGAAAGCAGCAAGUGAAGAAUUUUGGAAUUUGACGCACAUCAUUCGCAGCUACUGUGGAAGUAAACAACUUUUUCUUGACUGGAUACUGGAUUGGAAGGAGAACAUCGGCAGGUGAUUGUGACUCAGGCAGAACAAUAGAUUGGGUGUUUUUCGAAGAAAAGGAUCAAGUGUUUUUGUGGAACGUGUUCAAGUUCCAGGAAGUGAUACUGUGACGAGAUUCAACGAUUUUUUGGCAGUGGUUGUGUUUUUCAAAGAAAUAGACAAUUAGUGGAAUACUAUAAGACGAAGCUUUGGCAGUAACUACUCAGUAAUCACUUAUCAUGUUGGUUUUCUGAUUCAGCUUGCAUUCGUUGACAUUGGAUUCCACUGAAACGCAUUUCUGAUCAUCAUCCUAGAAUAUAAAACACGCAAUUGAAAAGAUUAAAAUAAAGAUUUUGAUUCUCUACACGUAUCCUGCCACUGCCUGAAACCGAUGGUUCGCGGGACCCAACCUUAGUGGAUAAGAUUCUGCAUUGACUGUAUGCCUGAGCAACCCAACCCCACCGCACGCUCCGUCACACAAUUGCCCACCGUUCUGAGCCACCACGCCGUCAAAAUUAUCUCGUUCGCCUGAAACAGACCGCCGCCCACCAAUAGACAUGUUGCGGUUUUUGCGUGUAACCACAAAUCCUCCCGAACCGGCACCAUCGCUGAGGACGGCUGCAUUACUCCUGCUGGCAGUUUUCGCGCUUCUGGACCGCAAUGUUGCCCUCGCGGUUGACCCCGUUGGAACCGGUGGCCCUUCGGUGGUUCAUGAAGGUGAAGACGCGCUGCUGACCUGCGUGGUAAUGACCCCCUACAACAAUGACACCGUUCUGUGGCGAAAAGGUCCCAACGAAAUCCUGUCGGCGGGCAUGAAUCGCGUUACUGGCGAUAAGCGCAUCAGCAUUCUGCACGACGACUCACCCAAAGGUAGGAGCCCGCUCGGUGGCGACGUCUGGGUUCUGCUAAUUAAGGAUGCCCGCCAAAACGAUAGCGAUGUUUACGUAUGCGAAGUGAACAGCGAUCCAGUCGUGCGAAGUUUCCACCCCCUGAGAGUCAAAAAAGCAAAGAAAGCAAAUACCACCGACGCCACAAGCACAACAGCAUCAGCAUCCGAGUCAACUACUUCCCGGUCCAAAGCGGAGCCAACUUCCGCCGAGGAGGAGGAGGACGACGAAGAUGAAGAGAUAACACCCGAUGGAGUGCCACCCAUUACACAUGACUUCACCGGUUGCUGCCAAGCCAACAAUGUCAGUGAAGCGUGUUUGGGAUUCUGUGUUCUGCAUAACAUUUUGGAUGGAGCCACCGGAGUGGAACCGGAGCAAUGCGAAAAGGACUUUCCCAACAUUGUACGGUGCAUGGCUGACGGACGGAACCACGUGCCAUGUUGCUUGGAAAAGGGCAUUCCGGAUCUUUGUCAGGACAUGUGCCGUGGCGAGUAUACCCCCUUUACUGACCUGCUGAAAUCCCGAGUUUCCUGCGUGCAGCAUACCCUCCCGGGUCUGCAGUGCAUUCUGGACAAUAUCCAAAAACUCCCAUCCGAACCGCAAGCCAUUUCCGUUGAAGCGCUUACGGAGCGUUCGCUCCAGGUCAGCUGGUCCCCACCGGAGCAGCUCGCCAAAACCGUCAAGUACUACCAAAUUAAUGCAACCAAGUUGCACUCGUUCGAUCAGGACUUUCUGGCGAACGGCACCACCAAAGAUAGUUUGAUAAGCAUCCAAGUGUCGGCCGAUCAAAGCUCGGCCAUAGUUAGCAAUCUAGAACCGUUCACCAUGUACACCGUGACCGUGAGUGCCCACAACAAUUUCGGAUCCAGCCUGCCGAGCAUCCGAAUCCGGGCGCUAACGUUGGAAAACGGUGUGGUCAACAAGGAAACCAGUGUGGCCGUUGUUCCUGUGCUGCCAGACGUCCGCGGCUGCUGCAUGAAGAAUGGUGUCAGCCACCGUACCUGUCUGGAUAAGAUGUGCGACCCGGUGAAGGCAGACUUCACGGAAGUUCCGGACCUGAUGGUGUGCGCGCCGUGGGCAAACAUCACGUUUGCCUGCCUGGCCAACAAAAUCGACCACACUCCGUGCUGUAAAUCACGUGGCAUUCCUGAUGCCUGUUUGCCGUUCUGUUCCGGAACGGUUCGGGCAAUCAAUUUCAACUACUUUAAGUGCCUGCAGUACAUGUCCGACUACAGCAGUUGUUUGCUGCAGGGCUAUGGGGUGUUAUCGGGACCACCAUCGAAACUGAAGGCUCCACUGAUUGCGCCGCAUUUUGUUGUGCUGGAAUGGAAGCCGCCGAAGAUUCUGCCAGAUACGGUAACUUCGUAUCACUUGCAUUAUAGACGACUGGGAAGUGGUGAAGAAUACGCUGUUCUGGAGAAGGAGCAAGCGCCAGUGAUCGUUGAAGACCUGGAAGCUGGACAGUACUACGAAGCUUUUGUGGUUGCGGUUAACGCGCACGGAAAGGGAGGACCUUCUCCGCGACUUGUAUUCCAGACAAAACGAGAGAGCCAAGCAGAAGUCACUACCCCAUCCUACAACAUGACUGCUUGUUGUCAUGCUUCUGGACUGCUACCGCAAUGUUCUCCUCUGUGUAGCUACGACGUUAAGAUGUCCGACUUACAAAAACUUGGAAAUACCUGUCGAGGUCAAAUCGCUACCAUCGUCCGCUGUAGUGCUGGUGGUCGUGACCACACAUCUUGCUGCGCUCGACGAGCUGUUCCUCCCAAGUGUCAAUCGCUAUGUCGAGGAGUGAUUACCCAAUCUCCAGCCGAUUGUCUGCCGUACGCCGGAAAUAUCAUACAGUGCUUUGAGGAAGGCAUUGGCCAUAUCCCACCCCCAGUUGAAGAUCUGCACGUUACAUCUGUUACCAACACAAGUAUUUCGCUAGCAUGGGUUCCCUCAGAGACGGACGUCAAUAAUACCGAUACCAAGCAGAUAGACUACGUGGUUCAGUACGGUAAAGUUGAUAACAUGACCAUGUACGAAACCAUUAUCAAGCUGGAGAAUGAGGUGAACACUACAGAAACCGACAUCGAACUGAACAACCUCGAACCAAAAGCCUUAUAUCGAAUUACUGUGAUCGCUCGUGGUCUUCACGGUACCUCGCUUCCGUCAUCCAUGCUUCUGAUCAACACGUCGCGAACGGACAAGGCCAGUACAGUGUUCGGAGCUCCUUCACCUCCGCAUUCGUUGUCCGUCUCAUCUCACAGUGCCACGUGGAUUAACGUAGCAUGGCAACCACCAGAGUUCUCCCACCCUCACGAAACCAUCACCUAUCGAGUGAUCCACAAAGUUGCGAACAAUUUCACGGUGAUCGAUACUCGUUUGUUGGGCGUAAGGAUCGCCAAUCUUCAACCUAACACUCAACACAUCGUCUACGUUGUAGCCCUAGGCGCCAAGGGAACUAGUUUGCCAUCGGAAACCUUGGUCGCCUGGACUGAUCCGGCACUGCCUGCUUUCGUUGAUCCCCCAACCGUACAUCCGUCGGAUAUAAUUUCCGAAGGCGGUUCAAUGACAAUUCUAUGUUUGGCUUUGGGAAAUCCGGCUCCAACAAUAUCACUGUACGUUGGAGGCCAUCUGGUCCGCCAAGAUACGUCACGACAUAUGAUCACUGUAAUUCACAACGUUACAAUCGAUAUGGAACAUAUCUCGUGCUAUGCUGACAACGGAUACGGUAUUCCAAUGCAGGCUUCGAAGAAAGUUAACAUCAGUUUCGCUCCACGUAUCCAGGCUUCUGGAAUUACUGUUGCAUCGGUAGGUGAAUCCGUAGAUCUAAAGUGCACAGUUCGGGCACGGCCUAUCCCGAAGACUAUGUUCUGGCGCGAUCACGAUGGUCGAGUCCCGGUUAUUCAGGGUGGAAACUUCGACAUGUCCAUGAAGAACGAUGUUGAUGACUCUUCCUUGUACACGAUGACCAUGACGAUCAACAAACUAACGGCCGAGGAAGUUGGAGACUAUUUCUGCCAUGCAGAAAACGCUCUCGGUUCAUCGACCCGAGCGGUGUCAGUCCGCAUCAGAAAUACAGCGGCUUCGACCAAUAUCUCAGAGUGUUGCGUGAUGCAGAACGUGUCAUCCGCGUGCAUGAGUGCCUGUUCGUUCUACAUCGACAUCGAAAGUGUUAUCGAUCGACCGGAAUGCAUUGUAGACUUCGACAAGCUAAUGAAGUGCGCUGCCGAUGGAUCCGAUCACCGAGGUUGUUGCGCUUCCAAAGAUAUUCCACGACGGUGUUUGAACUGGUGCCGUGGCGAACCAAUUUCACCACCAGGUACAUGUGCCUUGCAGCAUACGAGAACCAUUGUGGGAUGCUUCCAAGAGAAUAGGGAGCGUCUGCCGGGACCGCCUCAGAAUCUGCAGGUUCAAAUUCUGAACGAUGAAGAAGCUAUAAUCCGAUGGGAACCACCGGUCAAGAACCCGCACACCGUUGAAGGUUACCGGGUGUUCUGGCACGAUCUGGAACCAGUGUCGGACAACCUGUCGAAUGUGAUCAGCGGCUUGGGCACCAGUCGGCUCGAUGCCAAGGAAACCAGCAUCAAACUGGAAGGACUCAAACCGGACGUGAUGUACGAGCUGGUAAUCAAGGCCGGCAAUCACUUCGGAGCAUCGGUCCUGUCGGAGCCGUUGCGAUUCACCCUGGGCGAUCACCACAUCACGUCGGCUUCGCAGGCAUCGAACGCUGGAGUGAUCAGUGGAAUCAUUGCUGGCAUUUUGGCGAUUGCUCUGGCGAUCGCAGCACUUGUGAUAAUGAAGAAGCGCAGAAUCGGCCAGAAGCAGGCCAACGGGGGAGUGGCCUUCGAAAACCCGAGCUAUCUGCGCGAGAUGAACGUCGAGCAUGUUCAGAUCCCAGCCGUUUCCGGCCAGGCCGGCACCGAUUGGCGGCAGGAGUCGCUGCACACCGCCAACGGAACCGCCACCACCGGACUCAGCCAGGAGAACUCGGUCGUCCCGAUGGCUACCGAGGUGAACCCAUCGCUGUACGAGGAGCUUAAGCUCGGCCACGAUCGAGCUGGAUUCAAAAGACUUGUUUCUUAGGAAUUGGCGAACGCUCCUGCACUUCAGAGUGGCUAAAUCUAGCAUAAAGCCACCGGGAAACAGCAGUGAGAGGAAAUGCAAAGUGUACUUGUAAAUAAUACCAGCGGACAGUUUUACAUGUGAUCAAUUGUGGGACGAUAAUGAUGAUGGUCAGUAAAUUUGCUGUUCAUGUCAUCCGUUUUUACCGUAUUAGUCGUGAUCGAGCGUAAGAUUAUGAUGAAUUUUAUAGGUGCUGAAUCAGAUUUUUAUAGUGUUAGAUAAAUUUUAUAAUAGAAAAUGGUAAUGAACGUUUUCUACACGAAACAAAAUAAAAGCAUAAUCCAACUGGAAACUUGGAAGCACGUACACACAAUACCUAGAUUUAGACUUUGAUUUUAUUAGACAUGAGUAGUUUUUGACGACAGCCACCACCAUCCACGAAAUCAGAACAAAAUAAGGUAGGCAAACCUCCAACCAGUCAGCACAUGCUUCUAGAAGAGCACAAAUGGACGAGAUAAAGCAUAUCUCACGCACUUUCUAUGAAGCGACGACCAUGAUGUUGUGCUGACUGGCAGUUACAACCACUACAGACCACCUCCACCAGCAGCAAUCUAGUCAAAGCGAUGAAACACCAAUUCACCGUAGACGAAACCAUCAGUUCACCAAUGAGAAAUGCGAAGCAAAAUGUUCUAAGACCACCUCCAAGGUGGCUCCAACACAACCAGUGGCAAUAAUUCGUUAAGUUACCUUUUACCCAAUUCGAAGGAAAUAGAUAUUUAUUAGUUCAUCAUGCGAUAGGAAACUCAAAAUUCCACAAGAAACAGAAAAACCCACUUCAUACGUUCUGUCCAAGUAGUGUGUAUGAGUGUUUGAUGGCAUUGACGUAAUUUAAUUAUGCGCAUGUUGCAGCAAAGUUGAAACAUGCUCACAAGCGCACCGCUAGUAUAACGUAAAAUGCAUAAUUCGAUAGAUUCGAGAGAGAAAAACGGAACAAAGGAAUCUCAAAGGAAGGGUCAAACUUUAAUUUAAUAAAAAAAUAACAAAUCUGUGACACAUGUACAUAGGUAUGGUCAGUGAGUUUUAAAACAUAACGAUACAUUCUUAUUCGGUUCAAAGCAUUGUGAAACGAAGCGAGGAGAGUACAUUGAUUGUUGUUUAGGAUGUAAAAAAAUGAUUGUAAAGGAACCACUAGAAAAGCAAUAAAAGCAACUAGUUUUAUAA